AUGUUUCCGUUGGUAAGCUACCUACACUAUACAAGUGUCAACGGGGCCCGCAGAGACAAAUUCGAGCCUUGUCCAGGCCCAAGAGGAACUCUCAAUUGGAUCGGCCAACGUAUCCUCCAAAAACGACUGGCUCAAAUUGAACCGAAGGAAUGGACAGAGGACCCAUAUUUCGUGUGUAUCUUGCUAGCUCUUGCGCAACUCCAAGAACGCGAGGUUGAGUUGCCGAAGCCAGCAACUUACACUGCGCGUCUUCUUGUAACCAACGUAUGCGACAAGGAAUUCAUCCAUCUGUACGAGGCUGAAAUCUCCGCUGAACUUCUCGGGGCGCUCAGAAGCCCGGAAACUGCCACCAAAUAUACAAAAUGGCCUACUAUUCGGCAAAGGAAACUCCCAUACAAGCCUUACAACACCUUUGAGAACCGCAUUACGGCUGAGCUAGAGGCUCCUAGUAUCCUGUGCUCGCCUGAGAUCUCGGGUCUGUCUGAUGAACUGAAUGGUGUCAUUGGAUGCGGCAGGAAACGACCACCCGAUCAAGAAAGCAAUAAGGCCUACAAGACGAAUCGAAUAACAUAA